AUGCCACCACAAGAAACAACAAGCGAUAUAGUUCCGCUAAUGCAAAAGCCUAAUUCGGAGGAAGCUUCGACUACAGACGAAAUUAUAGACGAUCCUAACGACGUUUCUCAUGGUUUGGUUCAUGAUUUUGUAGAAUUCGGUGAUAAACUGAUUGAAGCUGAAGUUGAUACUGGCGAGGCAUGCUCUUUAACAAAGUUAUAUAAGGGCUUCUUAAUGUCCGUAGCAUAUUUGGAUCCUGGAAAUUUAGAAGCAGAUUUGCAAAGUGGAGCAGCGGCCGGUUAUUCUUUGCUGUGGAUUUUAUUAUACGCUCAUAUUGCCGGUUUAUUAAUCCAGAUUCUUUCGGCCCGCUGUGGAGUUGUAACUGGCAAACAUCUUGCACAACUCAUCAGAAUUCAUUAUUCAACACCUAUAUCGAUAGUACUUUGGUUAUUUACGGAGAUUGCAAUUAUUGGUUCAGAUAUUCAGGAGAUAGUCGGUACUGCUAUUGCCAUUAAAAUCCUUUUUGGUUUACCCUUAUGGGUUGGAACAAUGUUAACCGCCAUGGAUACCUUCCUAUUUAUGCUAUUACAUAAUUAUGGCGUAAGAAAACUAGAAGCGUUUUUUAUGACGUUGAUUGCCUUUAUGGCUGUUUGUUUUUGGGUUGAAAUGUUUCAAAGUGAGCCAAAUGUAGGAGAGAUAGUUAAAGGAAUGUUAAUUCCCGCUGUUCCACGUGGCGCUGUUGUACAAGCUGUAGCAAUGAUUGGUGCUGUUAUCAUGCCACAUAAUUUAUAUCUUCACUCAGCGUUAGUUAUGACACGUAAAACGGAUCCCAGCUCAAAAGCGAAACUCAAAGAAGCUAACUUUUAUUUUUCAAUUGAGAGUGCUUUAGCAUUAAGUUGUUCAUAUCUCAUCAAUAUGGCAAUUGUAGUUGUUUUUGCUCGAGUUUUUUACAUUCCUGGUAAAUUAAAAGCUUUACCAGGAUUGUAUGAUGCUGCAGAUGUUUUAACAAAAACUUUAGGUAGAGGUGCAAGAUACCUUUGGGCACUAGGACUCCUAAGUGCCGGACAAAGUUCCACAAUGACAGGAACUUUAGCCGGCCAAUAUGUUGUUGAAGGAUAUUUUGGAAAGAUUUUUUCAAAAUCAUGGCAUCGUGUAGCCAUCACUCGUGGUAUCGCUUUGAUGCCCUCCAUGUUUGUUGCGGUAUUCGCGGUUGGACAUUUUGAUACAAUGGGAGAACUAUUAAAUGUUCUUCAGAGCCUAUGUCUUCCAUGUGCAUUAAUUCCAAUACUUAAGCUUACUAGCUCAAAGGAAGUGAUGGGCCAUACAUUUAGAUCUCAUCAUAUUUGGAAAUAUAUUACAUGGGGAUUAGCUUUUAUUAUUAUUGGUUUUAAUCUUUUCUUAUUUAUAAUGUACCUAGAAGAAUUACCAAAUUUAUAUGUGGGUUAUGUUUGUGGUAUUAUAUAUUUCGCCUUUGUCUUGUAUCUUGCAAUUCUGCCAAUUGGUGAAAAGCAAGAAGAUUUGGAAAUUGAUGAAAUGGAUGGAUAUAAAGUAAUAGCAAAUCGUUUGGAGAUAGUUCAAUGA